AUGGUCAGCAAGUGCUACUAUCACAGUUCAAACGAUGCUGCUGACUACUUCUCAAAGGAACCACCAGUCGUUAUCAUCAAUAAUCGACCCCUUCGUUCGGUAAGAAUGUAUCGACGAGCAGUGGCCAACGUCGACGCAAGAUUUUCCUUCACCGCGACUACUAUCGGUCAAGAUUUGUAUCUAAUUGGCGGCCAGACUGCUCCUGACCCCACAAAAAACGCAAUAGCGAAUGAUAUAUUGCAUGUCGAUGAUUCUUUGAACGUAGGCCAACAGAAUACAAAGCUAACCGUGCAGGGACACGGAGCUGUUACUGUCGGUUCGAAAGUAUUAAUAUUCUUUGGGCAACAAUCUCUGACACCUCAAGUGUUUGCGGCUCCCAUCCAGCAAAUAGACCCAGCAACUGGUGCACUAACUAAUUUCCCAAACAAAGGAAAUAUACCGGCGUCACGUUUCGACCAUACCGUCACUGUUGUAAAUAAAAAAGCGUACAUAAUUGGAGGAAGCAAUACAAGAGGAGUGCUCAAAGACGUUUCUUAUUUUGACCUAACUGCAAGCACCUGGCACACGCUCGAUGCAACAAAAUUCCCAGACAAUGCAGCUAUCUCUGGUCAUGCUACAAUCGCCGUAAACAACCUUUUAAUCUCGUGUUUCGGCAUAGACGCUAAAAGCGCAUUGAGGAAUGACUGUAUUAUAUUCGACACCGACAAAAACGACUUUGUGCAAGCAAAUAUCUCUGGAGAGACUCCUCCUCCGCGUUCGGCCGCAACUAUGAUUAUCGGUAAUAGUACAUCUGAAAUACUGGUAUUUGGCGGAAUGGACGUUAAGAAUAAAGCAGCAUUCAACGACAUGUACAUCCUGAAUGCAUCUCGUGCACCCACUCUGACGUGGAAGCAGGUAGCUGUAAAUGCAAAGAACAAUACUUUUAUUCCAUCACCGAGAGGAGGACAUAUUGCCACUACUUUAGGUAAUAACACAGUCAUGAUGGUAUGGGGCGGUAUCGGGCAAGGUAGAAACAUGGCCGACUCUUCUAUGUACUUCUUUGACCUAACUAAUAUGCAAUGGGUUGGUGAGUCAGAUGCCGAAAACAUAAUUUCGGGUUUAGGAAAUCCGAAUGCAACGUCAAGCGAUUCAUCAACUAAUAAUAAUAACGGCUCACAUGAUGAAUCAUCAGGUGCUAUCAUUGCGGCUGUACUUGGCGCAAUAAUUGCAAUAGCGUUAUUAAUAUUCUACCUGGUAAGACGAAGGAGGUUGCGGCAGAUUACAUCAUUCGAUCGUGCUGUAAACAAUGAUCCAUACAUUCGCCCUGGCGGUCAGCUCAACGAGAGCUUUUCAGACUUGUCGCUAAAUGAUAAUGCCGGUUGGUACAUGGGACACUCGGCUGAUCCAGUUACGGUUAUGACAGAUAAUGGCAUGGAAUAUAAAGAGCCGCAAAAUUAUGCAGAUUCAACGCGACGUCCAUCAACAGCAUCGGCUGAUUCAGAGAAACAGAUGAUUCUGCACGCCCAAGAAAUGGCCAGGUCUUUACCUCCAAUGCCAGUUCCAAAGCCUGACUCGUUACCUCCAAUGCCAAGUAUUGGUUCGGAUUCAUUACAUUCUACGCCAAAAAACACAGAAGCAUUACCGCCUACCCCAUCGUCAAUGCCCGCUCCAUCAUAUAACUCUCCUAUGCCCUCUCCAAAGUCCAUGACUUCCAAUCGUAGUUCUGACUCUUCACACUCUAAGAAAGGUCACAGAAGAACGUCGUCAGUUUCCUUGACGGCUGCUGAUUUGGCUCAUCAUAUGUUUCCUAAACCGCCUUUCCGUAACUCCGUGGCUUCAGAACGAUCUUAUGGUUCACAGCGACCGUUUCAUCGUUCUCGUUCCUCGUUGUCGCAAGUGUUCAGUCCCGAACUCGACGAAACAGAUCAUGAACUUUCUAACAACCAUUCAAAGAAGCCGUCUACUGCUGCUAGUGAUGUCGUACACGCUAUUAGUUCUCCUCCCAGGUCUCCAUUAUCACCAUUGCCACAUGACAAAGAGUCGAAUGACAUCUCAAUGCAACAUUACAACGUGGAUGUCUCCCCAGCGGACCCCGAAUUUACUAAUGCUAGUAACGGUGGUGACUACAUAGAAGGUACUCAGUUUGAUCGACACAGUUAUGGUGGUGAUUUCCUAGAUCACAAAGAAGUCGUCGCCGCAUACGACGGACAACGUAGGGACAGCGAACCUUUCCAGUUCCCACCCAGGGAUAGCACAUAUGAGCCGACAAAGGACGCGUCUGAACAAGAUGACAUUCACCACGAAAGAACCUUGUCUUAUGAUCGCUUACAAACCAUAAGAGAAAGCCGAGUCUCAUUUGCAACUGUUCACGAGAAAAUAGAGUUUGAUGAUACAGAGUCAUCUCGAAGCGUUUCGUCAGCAAAUUCAGUGGUUUCGGAAAUACUCGUAGAGAGUGUCGAUGGCGAUGAUAAACCCGAAUAUGAAAAAUCAAAUUCAAAGGACAGCAAUAAUAUUAUCCGUCCCCUGCGACUAUAUGAAGAUGAAGAUGAAGAUGCGGCGAAUAAUGCUUCGCGAAUAAGCCGAUUCAGUUUUAGUGUUUACGACUUUACAACCGACGAUCCGAUGCCAGAGAAUGCUGCCACAAUAAUUGCAAAUGUUCAAGCGAAGGAAGUAGACGAAUAUCGACCACCAUCGCCGGUGAAAAGAGAGGCAUCGCCUGAUAUCCGUAAUAGUAUUGCAGAAGUUGCCAUAGAUGGAGGCGUGCUUUACGCAUUGAUAUAG